AUGGCGGAGCCGGCAAUUACUGUUUCCGGGACAGACGGACGAAAGUCCAAGUCUGUCCAUGAUGAGAAGAAGCCUCACAUAACAGAGACGCCCAUGACCUGGCAGAACUGGCACCAAUUUGUCAACUGGCUGAGCGUAUGCUUCAUCAUAAUUGUGCCUCUUGUGGGCUUGGUGGCGGCUUAUUUCCUUCCCUUGAAGCGCGCAACCGCCAUUUUUGCUGUCAUCUACUAUUUCAAUACUGGACUCGGAAUCACAGCUGGAUAUCAUCGCCUGUGGGCCCACUCAUCGUAUGAGGCGUCUACUCCCCUCAAGAUUUAUCUCGCUGCCGUAGGUGUUGGUGCCAUUCAAGGGUCUAUCCGAUGGUGGUCGAGUGGCCACCGCGCACAUCACCGCUAUACCGAUACAAAAAAAGAUCCCUAUUCCGUGAGAAAAGGGCUAUUAUACUCUCAUAUCGGCUGGAUGGUUAUGAAACAAAACCCCAAGAAUAUCGGCCGGUCCGAUAUUACGGACUUGAAUCAAGACCCUAUCGUUAUGUGGCAGCAUCGACACUACAUUAAAGCCGUUCUUUUCAUGGGCCUUGUAUUCCCUACAUUGAUUUGUGGCUUUGGCUGGGGGGACUGGGCGGGUGGCUUUGUAUACGCGGGUAUCCUACGUGCAGCUUUUGUGCAGCAGGCAACUUUUUGCGUUAAUUCCUUAGCCCAUUGGCUAGGAGAGCAGCCAUUCGAUGAUCGCCAUUCACCUCGCGACCACGUUGUCACAGCCCUACUAACUUUAGGCGAAGGUUAUCAUAAUUUCCAUCACGAGUUUCCUUCUGAUUACCGUAACGCGAUCAGAUGGUGGCAGUAUGAUCCAACAAAGUGGGCGAUAUGGACAUGGAAACAACUAGGCCUGGCAUACAACCUCAAGGAGUUUAAACAAAACGAGAUUGAAAAGGGCCUCGUCCAGCAGCUACAGAAAAAGGUGGAUAUCAAGCGCUCCCAACUGGAUUGGGGCACGCCUAUCUCUCAGCUGCCGGCCAUGAUCUGGGAUGACUUUAAGACGGAGGCUGCUAAGAAAAAUGGACGAGCUCUUGUGGUUAUCGCGGGCGUCAUUCACGACGUGGCUAGCUUUAUCGAGGAACACCCCGGAGGCAAAGUGCUCAUAUCAUCAGCCGUUGGCAAGGAUGCGACCGCUCUCUUCAACGGCGGCGUCUACCAGCACUCCAAUGCUGCGCAUAACCUCCUCUCAACGAUGCGCGUAGGGGUCAUUUACGGAGGAGGCGAAGUCGAGAUUUGGAAGCGUGCUUACUCUGAGAAAACAAAAACGAUCUAG